AAUAUUUUAAUAAGAUAAUGAAAUUCUUUAACAGAAAGCAUUUCUACAUACCACACAAGUUAGUCAUAACUCUUGGUGAAAAAAAGCACGAGUGAGAAACUUUGAAGGUCAGAGACUUUUAUAUUACAAACUGGGGAAAGGGGGGGUCGUGGGUCACCAAACCGGAAGUCAGUCCCCGCUUGGUGGAAACAUGGCACAUGUGUAGCUCAGUGAUUAAAGCUAACUCAGUAGCGUUAACCCGUGUGGUGUUUAUAUUAAUAAAGAGUUAAUCAGUGUUAAACCGGUGAGUGAUGGAGGGGGGGGUGGCGCGGAAUAAAGCGAAAAGGCCGCGUUUGGAGGAAGGAGGUGCUCGUGUAGACGCUGCACGUGAGGAACAGAAGAGGAGGAAACACACCGAGGAGCUGAAGGCUUUAGGAGAAGAAGAUGAGUCUGUGAAGCUGCUGGAGGAGCUGGUGUUCGGAGCUGAGGAGGAACUGCUGGAGCGCUUACAGCACAGGGAUGAUGAGAAGGAGGAAGAGGACACGAGUGACUCGGAGACGGAGAACGAAGCGAGGCUGCAUGUUCCCACAGAGAGGAAGGCGGUGUGGGAGGAUGAGGACGAUGAAGUGGAGGAAAACGUGGACAUGACACACCGUUUCCGUAAGGACUUCACUCGGAGCGACGCCGAGGCGAACAUGUCCAAACCCAGACUGCAGCAGCGCCUGAAAGAGCAAUUCCAGAAAGCGAUGGGCGGAGUACCAUCCUGGGCGGAGACCGCUGUGAAGAAAGGAAAGAAGAAAGGUGAUGAUGAUGAUGAUGAUGAUGAGUUGCUGAAGAGGACGGGAAAUUACGUUGCUGCCUCUGAAUCUCUCCCUAAAGGCAUUAUUAGAAUGAAGAAAUGUCUGAAUGCUAACAACGCUAACCCCGGAGAAGGUCGCCUGACCUCGUUGCAGUUCCACUCGUCCGCUCAGGUCAUCCUCACGGCUGGCCUCGAUCACACCAUCUCUCUCUUCCAGGUGGACGGUAAGACCAAUCCAAAGAUCCAGAGCAUCCACCUGGAGAACUUCCCGGUGAAUAAGGCAUGCUUCAGUGCUGAUGGAGAGCAGGUGGUGGCCACAGGCAUGAGGAACAAACUCUUCUACAUCUAUGACAUGAUGGAGGGGAAGAUCAUCCCCGUGCCCAGGGUCAGAGGUCUGAAUGAACAGAGAGUGAAGGAGUUUGAAGUUUCUCCUGAUGGACAGUUUCUGCUCCUCACCGGUUCCUCAGGGUUCCUCCAUCUCAUGACCAUGAAGACGAAGGAGGUGGUGCGCAGUGUGAAGAUUAAUGGCAGUGUGUGUGCAGCAGCAUUUAACUCAGAUGGCAGUAAAAUCUUCACCAACUCGGAGGAGGGUGAGGUGUUUAUCUGGGACGUGAGGAGCAGUAAGUGUGUGAACCGGUUUGUAGAUGAUGGCUGUGUGACUGCGACCUCUCUCACUAUGUCUAAAGAUGACCGAUACCUGGCCUGUGGCUCCCAGUCAGGAGUGGUGAAUAUUUACUCUCAGAAGGAGUGUGUGAACACUUCAUCUCCUAAACCCCUGAAGUGUGUGAUGAAUCUGCUGACGGCCGCCACAACACUCCGCUUCAACCCCACCUCCGAGAUACUAGCCAUCGGCUCACGAGCAGAGGACGAGGCUGUCCGCCUGGUCCACAUUCCCAGCUUCAGCGUUUUCUCCAACUUCCCUUUGUUCCACAAGAAAACCAUCUACAGACCUCACUGCCUGGAUUUCUCACCUCACAGUGGCUUCUACUCCAUCGCUAACGAUAAAGGACAGGCCCUUCUCUUCAGGCUGCUGCAUUAUAAAGACUUCUGAGGAUCAUGGCAAGGACACGCGCACACACACACACACACACACACACAGAGAGAGAACAGCAAGAAGAUGAAACACAUCCACAUGGACAUUAGAGAUUUUAAUAAAACAUCUUUUUGACCCCGACAGGAUUUG